GGAUGGUAAAGAUUCUUCCUUGUUUCAGAAGCUGGGAUCAUAUGGUAAACUUCAUGAUACUCCAUGCUUAUUCAUUAGGGAAUAUGAAAGGUGAAAACUUUAUUGCAAACUAUCAUCGCUUCACAAACACACUACAUAUACAUAUUCACACCCCUGAUUUUAAUAUCUACACAUCACCUGAUAGAUGCUCUGCCAGAAAGCCAGGUGAUUGUUUCGUUCCCCUACUUGCUAGAAGAAACUUUAUGAUCAACAUCCUUGUGAAUGAUCAGUUUCUUCUCCUCGACUGCUUUUCGGAAACAUCAGGAGGAGGUGCCUGGAAACCGAUAUUUUCAACUGCUCCAACUGUAUUGAACAGUCGCCUCUUGUUAACCUCUUCCACUAAUGACUGGUGCAGCAAUUGGCUGUGAACAUCGACUAGCGACUGGUUCCUCAUCAAGCGG